AUGGAGGACGAAUUGGAGGAACUAUGGAAGAAGCUUUCCUUUACAGAGGAAGAAGAUGAGAGUAUAUCGUUAGGAAGUGGUACUAUGGAAGUAGCAAAGAUGGUUGGAAAGAACUCUCUUCUGAUGAAGGUUCUGUCACAUAAAUACAUGAACGUUGAGGCUCUUAGAAAGAACAUGAGGAUGCUAUGGAAACUGAACAAAGGGGUGCAGAUAAAUGAGAUUGGGGAAGAGUUGUUCCUAGCGAAAUUUGGAGAUGGAAGAGAUGGAAGAGAUAAGAAGAGGAUAAUGGACAUGAGCCUGUGGACUUACGAGAAACAACUAAUUCUUUUAAAGGAAUUUGAGGGUGAACAAGCGCCAAAGGACAUCCAACUGUGGCAGUCACCGUUUUGGGUGCAAAUACACAAUCUACCUCUGUACAGUAGGACUAGAGAGACAGGUUGGGAAAUUGGUUCAAAGUUGGGAGAGGUUGUGGAAGUUGAUGUCGCGGAAUCGGGUGUUCAUUGGGGAAAAUAUCUCAGAGUAAGGGUGCAACUUGAUGUCACGAAGAAGCUAAUAUGGGGGAAAAAGAUUGCCAUUAAGGGUGGGGAACAACGUUGGAUAAUGUUCAAAUAUGAACAUCUUCCAAACUUUUGUUACAGGUGUGAGAUGCUCAGCCACGGGCUACGGGACUGCUCGGAGGGGAAGGAGGAAGUUCUGUCAGAACUACCAACGCUACAGUAUGGGGCGUGGCUGAGGGGUGAGGUGUCAAGGAGAGGUGGUAGAGAUCCAGUAAAGUUUGGAACAGAGGAAGGGUGGUUUGCAAAGGGAGGUCCGAUAAGGGACAUGGUGGGGGGGGGGGGUGGGAAGAAAAGGCCCUACACGCGUUGA